AUGACUUUCCCUGUCAAAGAAAUCCCCUCAAAGCCGUUCGACGGCCAGAAACCUGGUACUUCUGGUCUCAGGAAACGAGUGAAAGUGUUCCAACAAGAGCACUACACCGAGAAUUUUGUUCAAGCCAUCUUUGAUUCCAUCGAUGCCGAUGGUUCAACGAUUGUCGUUGGCGGCGACGGCCGCUAUUUCUCUCCCGAGACUGUACAGACCAUUCUCAAAAUUGGCUCUGCAAACGGCGUUUCCAAAUUCAUCGUCGGAAAGGACUCGAUUUUGUCGACUCCUGCUGCCUCCAACAUCAUCCGCAAAUACAAGGCUACUGGGGGCAUCUUACUCACUGCCAGUCACAAUCCUGGAGGACCAGAAAACGAUUUCGGCAUCAAGUAUAACGUGUCAAACGGCGGUCCAGCGCCUGAAGGCGUUACUAAUCAGAUAUACGAGAAGACCAAAACUAUCACAAGUUACAAAGUCAUCGAGGCACCUCCUGUUGACCUUUCUUCAAUCGGAGAAUUUACCUACGGACCCUCGAAAGUCUCCGUCAUCGACUCAGUUGCCGACUACCUCACCUUACUUGAGUCGAUUUUCGAUUUCCCUCUGAUCAAGUCUUUCCUUGACUCUCACAAAUCUGACUACCGCGUACUCUUUGAUGGUUUGAACGGUGUGACUGGCCCAUAUGCCAAGGCAAUCCUUGUCUCCACGCUCGGGCUGCCCGAGUCUUCCAUCCAGAACUGCGUACCCUUGCCCGAUUUUGGUGGAGGACAUCCCGACCCCAACCUAACUUAUGCUCAUACCCUCGUUGACGCCGUUGAGAAAGAUAACAUCCAGUUUGGCGCUGCUAGCGAUGGAGACGGUGACAGGAACAUGAUUUAUGGCAAGGGCGCGUUCGUUACCCCUUCGGACUCCGUAGCUAUUAUUGCGCAUUGGGCUGAGGUUAUCCCCUACUUCAAGAAGGGAGGUGUUAAGGGGCUUGCUAGGAGUAUGCCGACGAGCAAGGCUAUUGACCUCGUCGCGAAAAAGAAAGGUCUCGAGUACUUUGAAGUCCCAACCGGCUGGAAAUUCUUUGGAAACCUCAUGGACGCUGGAAGACUAUCGAUUUGCGGUGAGGAAUCGUUUGGGACUGGAUCCGACCACAUCCGGGAGAAGGACGGCUUGUGGGCAGUUAUUGCUUGGUUGAAUAUCAUCGCCGCCGCCAACAAGAAGUCUCCUAAUAACCUUAUUGGCAUCAACGAUAUUCUCAACGAAUUCUAUGCGAUCUAUGGUCGCUCCUUCUUUAGCCGAUACGAUUAUGAGGAGGUUUCCUCUGAGGGCGCCAAUGCUCUUGUGAAGCAUCUCAACGACGCCCUCGAGUCCGGCUCUCUUAACAACACUGUUCACGUAUCAGCUUCGACAAACACUAAAUUUACGGUCUCGGGACUCUACAAUUUUGAAUACAAAGACCCUAUUGACAAUUCAGUGUCGAAGAACCAAGGGCAGGUUAUCACCUUCUCAGACGGCUCCAGGGUCGUGUUCCGCUUGAGUGGCACCGGAAGUCAAGGCGCGACGGUCCGUUUGUAUGUCGAGCGUUACGUUGCUCCACAAGCCGGUCCAUCCGAGCUUGGAAGACCCGCCGCUGAGGGUUUGAAGAGUUUAAUCGAGGUGGCGCUUGAACUGAGCAAGCUGAAGGAGUUUUUGGGCAGGGAUGAGCCAACCGUCAUUACCUAA